CUCACUUACUAAUCCCACUUGAAGACGUAGUAAAGGCCACCCACAACUUUGCUAAUGAUAACAUCAUCGGACGCGGUGGAUUGGGACAUGUAUACAAAGGACAACUCCAGCGGUCCGGAGAGUUGAUCAAGAUAUCUGCGCUGAGGUUAGACCGUAAGCACGGUGGAGGAGUCGUCGAGUUCUGGACGGAAGUUUCAAUGCUUUCAGAUCUCAAGCAUCCAAAUAUAGUCUCUAUUGUCGGAUUUUGUGAUGAACAACAUGAGAAGAUCAUUGUGACCACGUAUGAGGCCAAAAAUGGAAGUCUCAAGGAGCAUCUAAGCAACCCGAACCUCACAUGGACACAAAGAUUGAAGAUAUGUGUAGGCGUGGCUCGUGCUUUGAGUUACCUCCAUUAUGAUGAGGGACGCGACUAUGGUGUUAUACAUCUUAACAUCAAUAGCUCGACAAUUUUAUUAGACGAGAACUGGGAACCCAAGUUAUCCGGUUUUAAAGUUUCCAUCAAACAAUCGCUUAACCGAAUGGACCGGGUUAUCCUUUCUGAACCUAUUGGCACAAUAGGGUAUAUGGACCCAGAAAUUGAAAAGACAAAAGGGGUGACCCACAAGUCGGACGUCUACGCAUUUGGUGUGGUAUUAUUUGAAAUAUUGUGUGGGAGGAGAGCAUAUAUUAAGACGGGGGAAAAUAAGUUUCUAGCUGGAUUGGCCAAGUAUCAUUAUGAAAACGAAACGAUUCCAGAUAUAAUCCAUCCACAUCUAAAGAAUCAAAUGUCCAAAAAUCAAAUAUCUCUAAGUUCACUCAGAAAAUACUCAAAAACGGCAUAUUCUUGCUUAAAGGAAGAUCGAGCACAUCGCCCACACAUGCUCAGUAUUGCUGAUGAACUUCAAAAAGCAUUUGAGAAAGCAUUAAACUUUAAGCCGCGACCUGAAAAUUUUUUAAAGAACUUGGAACACUUGAAGAUUCAGCUCGAUGACAUAAAGUUAGCCACCAAUAGCUUUUCAGACACAUACAAAAAUUCUGAUAGCGAUGAUUACAAUGCUAGGUACACAGUAGAACUCAACCAUUUUGAUAAAGGAAUUCCUUCCUUUGUAGAAGAGAAGGGUAAAACUACACAACCCAAGAUACACAACACUGUACUUAUAAAACGCUUCUUUCCUCGAGAUGACGAGGACGAAGAAGAAUUAUUUUUUACAGAACUUGAAGUGCUUAUUACCGUUAAGCAUCCCAACAUAGUCACUCUAAUAGGAUUUUGUGUUGAAGGUUUUGAGAUGAUGCUUAUCGUGGAGAAAUUUGCUAAUGGAUUCCUUCAAGAUUAUUUAGGAAACGUGUGUACCUUGACUUGGGAAACACGUUUAAAAAUAUGCAUUGAUGCUGCUCAUGCAUUGAACUACAUACACUCUGGGAUGGAAGACAAAAAAAAUGAUAAUACAUGGCAAUAUAGCUAGCUUCAAACUUGGGUUGGACGAGAACUGGCGGACAAAGAUUGAGGAUUUUGAAUGGGCAGUAAUCUUGGCCCCCGAUAAAAAAGAUGAAACUCUGUAUAAAAGAACAUAUUUUGAGUCAGAGUACCACGUGGAUCCAGAAUAUGCGAAUACUGGGAAGCUAAAAAGAGAGUCGGACGUGUAUAGCUUUGGUGUAGUUUUGCUUGAGAUUAUAUGUGGAAGGCAGGCUCGUGACCAAAUUUACCUUAAGGAGAGUGACAAAGGGCUCGUUCAUGUGGCUAGAAAAAACUUCCGUAAUGGAACAAUAGAAGGCAUGAUAGAUCCUACACUAAAGGAAGACACCGAUAAAAAGAGUUGUAUUCCAAAUAGAGGAGCAAACAAGGAUUCUUUGCACAUAUUUCUAAAAGUUGCAAAUCAGUGUGUGUCAGAGACUCAAGACCAACGCCCAACAAUGAAAGUUGUUCUCAAUAAACUUGAGAAAGCAUUGGUCUUUCAGGAGGAGCAAGUACAACAAUUGGGUAAGGAUCAAGUUGUCGACAAACUUGAGAAAGCAAGGCAUGAAAUUCCUGUGGGGAAGAACUUGGAACACUUGAAGAUUCCUCUCACUCAUAUUCAAUCAGCAACCCAUUAUUUCUCAAAGAAAUACAGAAUUUCAAAUUUCGAAGAUGGCUAUACUUUCUACAGAGCAGAACUCGAGCAUUAUGAUAAAGAGAAUCCAUCAUCCAAGAGACACAACACUGUAGUUAUCAAACGCUACCCCCCUUCUGGAAAUGAGUUCUAUGGAGAAACAGAGUUUCUCAUAGAAAUAGAAAUUCUUUCCGGUGGAGUUAAGCAUCCCAACAUAGUCAAUCUGCUUGGAUUUUGUUUUGAAGAGUCUGAGAUGAUCCUUGUCAUUGACAAUUUUUCUAAUGGAUUUCUUGGUGAGAAUUUGGGAAACAUCAAAGACAAGCGUCUUUUGAAUUGGGAAAACCGUUUGAAAAUAUGCAUUGAGGUUGCACACGCAUUAAGGUACAUUCACUAUGAGAUGGAAGACCAGAAGAUGAUAAUAAACCGUGAUAUAUGCAGUUACAACAUUGGGUUGGACGAGAAUUUUGGGGCAAAGAUUAUUAAUUUUUCGUGGUCUGUAUUCCUGCCUCCAAAUCAAGAUAACGAAGCUCUCUAUCCCAAAAUUCGUAUUGACAGACCAAGCUACAGAGAUCCACAGUAUGAGAAGACUGGUAAGUUGAAAAGAGAAUCAGAUGUUUAUGGUUUCGGAGUAGUCUUGUUUGAAAUUCUAUGUGGGAGAUUAGCCUAUGACCCAAUUUACAAGAAGGAGAGUGACAAAGGGCUGGCUUUUGUGGCAAGACGAAGCUUCAGCAUAGGAACACUAGAAGAGAUGAUAGAUCCUAUAUUAAAGGAAGGAAUUGGUGAAAUCAAAUUUGUUCUAAAUAGAGGACCCAACAAGGAUUCUUUGCACACGUUUAUUACAAUUGCACACCAGUGUGUGGCAGAAACUCAAGACCAACGCCCAACAAUGAAAGUCGUAGUCAAGGAACUUGAAAAAGCAUUAUUCUUUCAAAACAACAACAAGGAUAACCCCAAAAUGUCACUUGAAGACAUAAAACGGGUGACACAAAACUUUCAUGAUGACAAUUUCAUCGGUGGGGGAGGAUUCGGUAAAGUCUAUAAAGGAAACCUUCAAGAUGGAGAUGGAUUUAAAACCAUUGUUGCAAAGCGAUUGGAUACAAGGUUUGGUCAAGGAGAACAACAAUUCUUUAGUGAGCUCCAAAUUCUUUUGGAUUAUAAACAUGAGAAUGUCAUUGGUCUUGUAGGCUACUGUGAUGAAACUGAUGAAAAAGUCCUUAUCUAUGAGUAUUUGUCCAAGGGAAGUCUUGAUAGGUAUUUGAAUCAUACUUCUCUUACAUGGGUGAAACGACUUAAUAUAUGCAUUGAUGUUGCAAGAGCGUUGGAUUUCCUACACGGAGGAGUAGGAAAACAAGCAAAGGUGAUACAUAGGGACAUCAAAACUGAGAACAUCCUGUUAAACAAUGAUUGGAAAGCAAAACUGGCUGAUUUUGGGCUUUCGCUAAUAUGUUCAAUAAAUCAGGAAACAGACUAUAUUAUCGAUCAUGCGUGUGGCACAAAAGGAUACGUGGACCCACUUUAUAGACAAUCGGGAUUCCUAACCAUAGAAUCCGAUAUUUACUCGUUUGGUGUUGUUUUAUUUGAGAUUUUGUGCGGGAGAUCAACGUUUGAAAUCCAAAAACGUGAGGGCCACUAUCUACCAGAUUUCAUUGAAAAAAGUUUUAAAGAAGGAAAGCAUGGUGAGGUGGUGUUCAAACAAAUAAGGGAACAUAUCGUGCCUAAAUCACUAAUUACAUUUCAAGAGGUUGCCUACCAAUGCCUACAUCUUGAGAGAGAAAAACGGCCGACAACAAAAAAAGUUUUGAUGCAACUUAAGAAAGCAUUGGUAUUUCAAAACAUGGCAUCAACAAUGAACCAGUUUGCUCACUUACAAAUCCCACUUGAAGCUGUGGCGAAGGCCACCAACAACUUUCAUCAUGAUAACAUCAUCGAACAUGGUGGAGUUGGUAUUGCAUAUAAAGGACGACUCUUGUGGUCUGGGAGGUUGAUGGAGAUCAUUGCACGGAGAUUUGAUUGUAAGCAUGUGGAUGGAGACCUCGAGUUCUUGGCAGAAAUUUCAGCGCUUUCUGAUCUCAAGCAUAAAAAUCUGGUCUCUGUUAUUGGGUUUUGUGAUGAGAUAGAUGAAAAGAUCAUUGUAACCAUGUAUGAGGCCAAUGGAAGUCUAGGGCAGUAUUUAAACAGCCUGAACCUCACAUGGAAGCAAAUAUUGAGGAUAUGUCUAGGUGUGGCUCGUGCGUUGAGUUACUUACAUUAUGACAAGGGACGUGAUUAUGCUAUUCUACAUUGUAACAUCAAUAGCAACACUAUUUUGUUGGACGGUAAUUGGGAAACCAAGUUAUCCGGUUUUGAAUUUUCCAUCAAACAAUCAGUAAACGAUAAGGAUCAGGUGUGCCCUUGUGAACACACUGGCACAUUUGGGUGUGUGGACCCAGCAAUUGAAAAGACGGGAGGUGUGACCCACAAGUCGGACAUCUACUCAUUCGGUGUUGUUUUAUUCGAAAUAUUGUGUGAGAGGAAAGCGUUAAUUCAUAAUGAGGUUGAUAGGUUUCUAGCUCAGUUGGCCAAGCAUCAUUAUGAAAAGGGAACAUUGCAUGAUAUAAUCCAUCCUCCUCUAUUAAAUCAAAUAUUGUCUCCGAAAUCACUCCUCAUAUACUCAAAGGUAGCAUAUUCUUGCUUAAAUGAUGAUCGAGCACACCGCCCAGAUAUGCACCAUAUUGUGGCUAAACUUGAGAAAGCAUUGGAACUUCAGUUGCGUCAUGAAAAUAUUGAAAACACGUUGGGGCACUUCAAGAUUCAUCUCAAUGAUAUUAAAUCAGCAACAAAUAAUUUUUCAGAGGCAUACACAAUUGCAUCUUCGGAUGAUGAUUAUACUUUGUACAGAGCAGAACUCCACUCUUUUGGUAAAGAAAAUCCUUCAUCCGAAAAGGGGAAGAACAUAGGAGAACAUCCCAAGGCACACAACAUUGUGGUUAUAAAACGGUACACCUCUGGAAAUGAGUGGUAUGGAGAAAAAGAGCUUUAUACAGAAAUUGAGAUGCUUACGAGUGUCAAGCAUCCUAACAUAGUCACUUUAAUUGGAUUUUGUGUUGAAGAUUCUGAGAUGAUUAUUGUCACUGAGAAUGUUUCUAAUGGAUACCUUGAUGGUUAUUUGGGAAACGUCAAUGAUAUGCGCAUUUUGACAUGGGAAAAGCGUUUGAAAAUCUGCAUUGAUAUCGCACACGCAUUGGAGUACCUUCACUCUGAGAUGGAAGACCAAAAGACGAUAAUACACCGUGAUAUAUGUAGCUACAGCAUUGGGUUGGAUGAGACUUGGGGAGCAAAGAUUUUUGCCUUUUGGUGGUCCGUAUUCCUGCCUCCAAAUCAAGAAGACGAAGCUCUCUAUAUAAACUGGCUUGGCAGACCUAGCUACAUAGAUCCAGAGUAUGAGAAGACCAAUAAGUUAAAAAGAGAAUCAGAUGUUUAUAGUUUUGGAGUUGUAUUGUUUGAGAUUCUAUGUGGGAGGAGAGCCUAUGACCCAAUUUACAAGAAGGAGAUUGACAAAGGGCUCGGCCCUAUUCUUUGCACACAUUUAUGA